AUGCGAUCAUCUUUGUACAGGUGUGUUAGUCGGGCCUGUUAUAGCACAAAUGUCACAGAAGAUUUCAUAAACAGCAUUUUGGCAAGAGCUCAAGAGGCAACAGCAAAAGCUUCUUCCAAUGCUAUCAAGUUGGAUAAGAUGAAAGGGAGUAGAGUUCACACUAAAAAGAGAAAUGGAAAUCAGAACAGGAAUACUAUGAACAAUAUGGAAGGCAAGACUAGAGAGGCGAGACAAGGAGAAAGAAACAUGAGAUUGAACAGUCGUAAAACAAAUGACGACUCUGCACAUACUAACAGGCAACAAUGGAAUAGAAGUGCAACCACAUCUUUUGUCAAAGACUCUAUCGGAACUGCAGCGGUUACACAACCGCAGUUCAAAAAGAUGCAGAGUAAUUCGAAAGGAAAUUCUAAGGUUGAAGAUGAUUUGCUUGAUGUUUUCAAUUCAUCGAUGGAGCAGAAAUCGAUUAGCUUCAAUAAGAAUUCGAAGUCCAAAGCAAGAUUCCAGAAAAAAAGUCAUAUUUUAACGGCAUCUAAAAGGAGAAAAGUUCCACAACAACAGCUGUUGCAGAGAGCUAUCAAGAGACCUGUUAGUGCAGAAUACAUCCUAGAAGAGCCAACACCUCUAUCUAUACUAGAAUAUACACCUCAAGUUUUUCCAACAAAGGAAUCCAAAUUAAUCAACUUUAGCUUGGAUAGUUUGAGAAAAUCCAAUUACCCAAUUUAUAGAUCACCAAAUUUGGGAAUUCUCAAAGUCCACGAUUUUACCUUAAACACGCCAAAUUUUGGUAAAUAUAUGCCAGGAUCUUCAUUAAUUCUUGCAAAAGAACCUCAAUUACAGAAUCUACUUCUUCAAGGUAAUUCGAAAGAUUUUCAUAAGCUUUUCAGAGGAGAAUAUCAACUUUUAGAACCCUAUGGAAGAACAGAUUUUGAAAAAUUAACGAAAUCUAAAGAGGCUGUGAGUAAACUCUUACACAAUAGCCAAAUUGUGAGAUUGUCGUUACAAUCUGUUGUCAUGGAAUCCGAGGAUAAAAAAAUGGUGUAUGACGUUUGUUCUGGGAUAAAACCAAUUUCUGAACUUCAACAGUAA